AUGGACGUGGACGAACAUAAUGGAAACGUCCGUCUACGAGAAGGCUUCCAUAUUAUAAAUAUUGAAUGUCGAACAUUCAGAGGUAAAGACAAAGUCAGCUUCGAAGUUCCUACACGUUAUUAUGACCUUCAAUAUCUUAAUGCUGGAGCUCAAGGAACUGUUGUAAGUGCCAUGGAUCGUGUCACGGGUAAAUCUGUUGCAAUCAAAAAAAUGUUAAAUGCUUGUAGUCAUCCGCUCACUGCUCGUAGAGCUUAUAGAGAAUUCGUGCUUCUGACAACGAUGAAACAUCCUAAUAUUAUUCAACUUCUUAACGCUUUUACCUCAACUGAAACUGUAGACGGGUUCACUGAUAUCUAUGUAGUCAUGGAGUUGAUGAGCCACAAUCUGGCAGAGAUCGCUACGAGGAUGAGGUUGGAACAUCGAACUCUCUCGUUUUUCGUAUAUCAAAUGUUAUGUGCCAUUAAACAUUUACAUAAUUCCGGCGUAAUUCACAGGGACUUGAAGCCUUCUAACAUUGUUGUUGAUGAUAACUGCAAGUUAAAAGUGCUUGACUUCGGUUUAGCUCGGGUAGUCAACUCUGACCCGGCGAUGAGGAUGAGUGAUUACGUUGUUACCAGAUAUUAUAGAGCACCUGAAGUAGUCUUGUCGAUCCCAUAUGAUGAGAAAGUGGAUAUUUGGUCCGUCGGCUGUAUUCUUGCCGAGCUUGUGAAUCAUUCCGUUUUAUUCGAAGGGAAAGAUAGAAUCGAUCAAUGGACCAGAAUCAUCAAAAUCUUGGGGACCCCAAGUGAAGAGUUCAUUAAUACCCUCGGGGAUGGUGUUGCGAAAUAUGUGAGGCAGAUGAACCAUUACAAUCCUAUACCUGUGAAAGAAUUCAUCCCAGAUAGCAACUUUUCUAAAGAGACUGAGUUGGAACAAGUUCAUUUGACAGCAGAUCAAUGUCGAGACUUAUUAGCUCAUAUGCUGGAAAUCGACCCCCGAAGAAGAUAUUCUGUAGAAAACGCUUUACAUCAUCCAUAUGUGAAACUGUGGUGGGAUGAAGCAGAAGUGAAUGGGCCUAGAUCAGAAAACCGUUAUAAUAAUGAUGUAGAAGUAGAGGAUAAACCUUUAUCAGCAUGGAAAUCUCUGAUUUUCGAGGAAAUUAAGUUAUAUGAAAGAGAGCAUGAUAUUUUCAAAGACUAA